AUGGGCAGUCAAGACAGCCUCUCAUCUAUCGACAUGGCGGCGGAGAUGGAUCAAAGUCUCCUGCCAGACCGUCUCGAGCAGCUUGCGGCACAAGAGCCAGACCGCAUCUGGGUCUCGUACGCAGUCAGCCAAGACAUUGCCAAAGACGGGUUCCGCAACAUCACUCUGGCUCAGUAUUCCAGGGCCGUGGACCGCAUGGCGUGGCACAUAGAGUCCACGAUAGGAAAGAGCUCGACGUUUGAAACGUUUCUGUACUUUGGCCUGACCGACGUCAGGUACGCCAUCAUCCUCUUGUCGGCCAUCAAGACUGGCCGCAAGGUCCUGUUCUGCUCGCACUUCAACAGCACCUACUUCAACCAAAGCGUCUGCGACAAGACCGAGUGCGGCAUCCUCCUCCACUCGGAAGGCGUCGAGUCCACCAUAGACCCACUGCUGCAGGCCAGGCCCAUGAAGGCGAUUCAGGUCCCCACCCUCGAGUCUCUGGUAGAUCCCGAGGGGGACGUCGAGCGGUACCCCUACAGCAAAGAAUUCUCAGUAGGCAUCGACGAGCCCAUGUUUGUGACCCACACGUCAGGGACGACGGGACUCCCGAAACCAGUCACCAUGACCCAGCGCUCCCUGGUAAUCGCCAGCGCCUGGGACAAGGUUCCGGACCUGGACGGGAAGCCGCCGGUGGAGAAGCUCAUGCGGAACGGCCGCCGCUGUUUCAUGGGCUUCCCGCUUUUCCAGUUCUCCGGCGUGGCCAAUGGGUUGUGGGAGGUGUUUUACCGCGGCAAGACCCUCGUGUUGCCCUGCAACCAGCCCGGCUGGGCUCCCCCGGCCACUUUUGAGCAGCUGUUUGAGCACGGCGACUUUGACUGUUUCAUAGGCAUUCCCUACUACCUCGAGCUCAUGGCAAAGUCGCCCAAGAUGAUGGACAUUGUCAAGGACAGGCUCAAAUACAUCAUGUACGGUGGGGCGACGCUCAACCCCAGCACGGGGGACAAGCUGGCCGCCCUUUGCCCCUUUUUCAGCUGCAUAGGGUCGACCGAGAGCGGCGUGGCGUUUACGCACCUGAUCGACCGGCAGGACUGGGCCUGGUUCUGUUUCAACGAGGAUCAGAGCGGGAUCGUGUGGGAGAAGCAAGAUAUACAAGGUAUAGAAGAUGGAGCGGGAGGCGUCUACGAACUCACAUACGUCAAGAACCCGCUGGUGGCCAAGUCGCAGCCCAUCUUCUGGCACACGGACCGUGGCGACACGAUCAAGACAGACGACCUGUUCAUCAAGCACCCGACAAAAGAGCACCUGUGGCGGUACUACGCGCGCAAGGAUGACAUGGUGGUGACAAAGUACGGCUGGAACAUCAACCCGGUCAUCGUGGAGUACGAGAUCGCCCGUCACCCGUCGGUUAAGGCGGUCGUGGUCGGCGGAGCGGGGAGGGAGGCCAUCUUUGCUAUAGUGGAACUCAUCGAGUCGGAUGAGUCGCCAGAGGAGACGUUGGACAAGGUCUGGGCUGCCGUCGAGGACGAGACCAACGCCAAGCUUGACAAGAUUGCACAGCUCAACAAGGAGAGGGUUAUCCUGGCAGACCGCAAGAACAAGCCUCUCCCAUUGACGCCCAAGGGUAACGUGGUGAGGGGUCCGGCAUUGAAGCUCUAUGAGGAAGAGAUUGAGGAAAUGUAUAAGCGCACGGCCGACCCGACUGUUGGGUGGGCAACCUCCAAGAGGAAAAGGAAGGGCGACGACGUGGUUUUCUUGUCGCCACGAAAGGUGUCGCGCAUCGAUCCGGCCGUCACAGUCGCGGAAAUAAGUGCCUUGUAG